GUGUGAUGAGUGUCAAUUGAUUAAAGCACGCAAAUUAAUCCUCAAGUUUCAAGAAUAACAAAAGUGACCAUUAAUAAACAUUUAAAUAAAUGCUGCAUACUUUUGGGCGUCAUUUAAAAUUCACUCCAAAAGAUAAAUCAAAUAGUGAUAAGAUAUUUAAAUAGUUGUUGCUUGAUUUACAGCGAUUCUUGUAGGCGAUCAACGGACUUCAAUUGCGAUCGACUGACCACAGACAAGACACUUUAACUUGAACUUAUUUGCAACAAAGUUGAAUAGUUUGAUAAUGGUGAAAUACGAAGGUUUUUUACAACUGUCCGCAGAGUAAAUGUACCGAUAAGCUUCUAAUCUGCAUGACGGAUCAGACGAUUGGCGAUUAACUCACUGAGCAAUGCUGAUAAAAAACUGCAGGCACUUGAACUCCAUAUUAAUCGGGUAUACUGAUAAAAGACAAACAAAAGCCAAACGCACUCAAUCAUUCGCUUUGCCAGUCGAUCUACGUUGGUGAGCAAGACCGGUUCAGAUUGCACCCAAAAAAAUAUACUUCCAUAUAGUAAUGAUCGAGAACGUGGCAACAAAUGCUGGCAAUGGCCUGGCCAAGCAGCCAUCCUUGGAGCUGCAGUUCAACCAGCUUUGCUACAGUAUCAAGUCAACGCAGAAGGGCAGCAAUCAAAUACUGAACGACACUUGCGGUGCCUUUCGAUCGGGACGUCUCACAGCCAUUCUAGGCCCAUCCGGCGCUGGCAAAUCCACGCUCCUCAAUGUCUUGGCGGGCUUUAGAGUUAGAGAUGUCUCUGGCCACAUACUGCUCAAUGGCCAGCCACGUGAGCUGCAAUCCUUUCGCAAAAUGUCCUCCUACAUUGCACAGAACUUCAUCACACCUUCCCUGCUGACUGUGAUGGAAACGCUGCAGGUUUCCGUUGAUUUGAAGCUACCCUCGGCCACAUCCAAGCAGCAAAAGCAACAAAUCCUAGACGAGAUUAUCGAAGUGCUCAAUCUGCAUAAUUGCCGGCGUACGCUCGUGAGAGAUAUUUCGGGUGGCGAGCAUAAGCGUCUGUCCAUUGGCAUCGAGCUGAUCACCAAUCCGCCCAUCAUGUUCUUCGAUGAACCAACCAGCGGACUGGAUAGCGUUGCCAGCCAUCAGGUGCUGUGUUACCUGCAACGUUUGGCGCAUCAGGGACGCAUUGUGGUGUGUGUGGUGCAUCAGCCGAGUUCGCGCUUGAUGCAACUCUUCGAUGACAUUCUGGUGAUGUCACACGGUGAAGUCCUUUUCUCGGGGCCACAGAGUGAAAUGCUAGACGACUUUAAGGCGUCAGGAUUCAUUUGUCCGCCGUACUAUAAUCCUGGCGACUUUGUGCUAGAUGUGGGCAGCGAGUCUUCAAAUCAACGCUGUGAGACGCUCAUUAGCCAGAACAAGGCCAAACACGACAGUAUUCAGAGCUUCAAGGCAGCUGCCGAUGAGCAGACAGCGCUGAUUAAGAUGACAGCAUCCACAGCCGCUGAUCUGCAGUUGAUACGCCCCAAGGAGCAGGUCGAUUUCUGGAUGCAGUUGCGAGUGCUGCUCAUGCGACAUUUGCGCUCCAUGUCACGGGAUCUGCUUGCCGUGCAGAUGCGUGUGAUUAUGCACAUCGUUGUGGCGCUAUUGCUGGGCGUUGUCUAUUGGCAAAUUGGCAACGAUGCCGUGAAAGUCAUCAGCAAUGUCUCUUGUUUGUUCUUCAUCGUUUUGUUUGUCUUCUCCGGCAAUGCGAUGCCCUCGAUACUGCUCUGCCUGCAGGAUUCGCCAGUCUUCAUCAGGGAAUACUACAAUGGCUGCUAUUCAUUGCGUGCUUACUUCAUCUCCAAGGUGCUGGCCGAUUUGCCAUUGCAGUUGAUUUGUCCAACGUUUUUUAUAAGUAUUGGUUACUUUAUGACUGGGCAACCGCCGGAGUUUCAACGCUUUGCCAUGUGCUGGUCACUGUGUGUGUUAACCGCCUUCAUUGGCCACUUUAUUGGCGUCAUCUGUGGCACCAUGUUGUCCAUGCAGAUGGCUCUGUUUAUUGUGCCUGCGAUUACGAUUCCCUUUCUUUUGUUUUCCGGCUUCUUCAUACGCAUGAGUGAGCUGUCCUGGUUCAUGCGUCCACUGUGCGAUGUCUCCUAUUUCCGCUACAUCUUUGAGGGUCUCAUGCGUGCCAUCUACGCUUAUGAUCGCGGUGAAUUGCCUUGCCACGAAGACUUUUGCUAUUACAAAUCGUCGGAAAAGUUUCUCAAAGAUUUCGGAAUGCAAGGCGAUUAUUUCGGCUGGGAUGUCUCCGUAUUGGCGUUCAUAUUGCUGUCGCUGCUAAUCACCUUUAACAUCACACUGCAUGUGUCCAUUAAACGUGCUCUAUGAAUAUCGCUUUAAGGUUGCUAGAGAAGAAUAGAACAAUUAGUUUCAAUGUGUGCUGACAAUAUUCAUUCAUUUUUUUCUGCCUCAAUUAUAAUUCACAAUUUAACAAA